AUGAAGGAGUCUGAGAAGUUGAUUAUAAAGGAGGUACAACAAGACACAUACUAUAAUGAGAUAGACUGCUUGAAGCAAAGUAAACCUUUACAAAAGAACAGUAGUUUAAUUGCACUUUCACCAGUAUUAGACUCCGAUGGAUUACUUCUAGUAGGAGGAAGACUUAAAAACUCAGACAUAGAAAGUUGUGAAAAAAUGCCUGUAAUUAUACCAGGUAAAAGCUACAUUGCUACAUUAAUAGUCAAGCACUGUCACAAUGCUGUUCAGCACAUGGGAAGACAUUUUACUGAGGGAGCAAUUCGUUCGAGAGGAAUAUGGUUGACUGGAGGUAAACGGCUCAUUAAUUCCAUCCUACAUAACUGUAUAAAAUGUCGUAAAUUGCGAGGAAGUGCCGAACAACAGAAGAUGGCUGAUCUCCCUUCUGACCGUCUCACACCAAGCCCUCCAUUUACCUAUGUGGGCGUGGACACCUUUGGUCCUUGGUCCAUCUUAACAAGACGCACACGUGGAGGUUCAGCCAAUACAAAGCGAUGGGCGAUUAUGUUUUCCUGUCUAGUAACUCGAGCAAUACACAUAGAAGUGGUUGAGGAGAUGACUUCAUCUUCCUUUAUCAAUGCGUUGCGCAGAUUUACAGCUCUUAGAGGACCAGUCAAGGAAUUCCGAUCAGAUCAAGGUACAAAUUUCAUUGGAGCUAUUAAUGAACUAGACAUUACAAGUUUCAACGUUGAAGACCAACCAAUUAAAGACUAUCUCCAAAACAAUGGAACCAUAUGGAAAUUUAACCCACCACACGCCUCCAAUAUGAGCGGUGCUUGGGAGCGUAUGAUAGGACUAGCUCGAAAGAUCUUGAAUUCAAUGUUGUGCGAUAUAAAAGGUAAACAACUUACACAUGAAAUUCUAUGCACUUUCAUGGCGGAAGUAUGUUGUAUUGUGAACAACAGACCAAUAACUGUAGUAUCUAGUGAUCCAGAGUCACCUCAUGUGUUAUCGCCGAAUGUCCUUCUCACUCACAAAACAGACAAUGUUACGGAAUAUAUUCCAGAUUUAUCACUUAAAGAUACUUAUAAAGCUCAAUGGAAACAAGUGCAAGUAUUAGCCAAUCAGUUUUGGAAAAGGUGGAAAACAGAAUACUUACACAAUCUUCAACUCAGGAAAAAGUGGGAAGUUGAAAGCCGCAAUCUAUGUAAGGAUGAUAUUGUGCUCAUGAUUGAUGAUACUCUGCAUAGGAAUCAGUGGUUAACAGGAACUAUAGUUGAAGUUUAUCCGAGUUCAGAUGGUUUGGUUCGUAAAGCAUUAGUACGUGUCAUCAAGAAUGGCGAACCAACAACUUACAUUCGUCCGAUUUCUAAACUUGUGUACUUAUUUUCUGAUUAG